GUGAAUGCGAGUGGGGUGGGGAGAGGCUUGAACAGAGGGAGGGAGUGAUAUAAGAGAGGCAGCCAUAGAGGAAGAGGUGACAGAGUAGAUUAUCCUCUUCUCCUCUCUCCUCCUUUCCUCUCCUCUCCUCUUUUCUCCUCUCCUCUCCUCUGUGCCACGCUCAUCAUGUUUGUGCUGCAGACGUUGACUGUUAUUUGUCUGACUGUUAUUCUCCUGGCAUCUGUGGAAGGUAAAGGCGUUCAGAUGCAGAGGGAUGUCCAGUGCUGCAUGCUGUAUUCACAGGGCAAGGUGCGCACCAAAGAUGUGCUGCGGUUCGAGGUGCAGACGGAGGGCCCCGACUGCAGCAUACAAGCAAUCAUUCUUUACACCAAGAAGGCAGUGAAGUGCGCCGACCCCAGGGACCGCAGGGUCAAGAGGUUACUGAGGAAGCUCCUGCAGAGACAGAGAACAAAGGCCCACAGGACCACAUGGCUUCUCCCGCAUGACAACCUGCCCGUCAUGUCCGAGGACAAGAAACAUAACUGGGCAGUUCUCAAUGUGGAAUGAGGGAGAGCUGUCAAUAAAGAAGGAAAAAUUCCUAGUUAUAGGCCAAGUAAACCUUCAGCGGCUUGUCAUCGUAACCCGGCGGAACUUGCGGACUCUCCAGUCGUCUUGUGUCUCCUUAUCUACUCUACCUGUGUUCCCAGGACCAGAUCUGGGCAGCAAUGCAUUAUCUAACCACCUGCAGAUCAUUACACAGAAAGCAGGCUUGAAUUAUCGCCAGGGCACAUGGUUGGAACGGACUCCACAGAGGAGUAUUAUUUGUAAGAUAAGUUAAAGUGAGCAAGCGUUUCCAUCGAGACUUUUUUUUUCAACAAUAUGAAAUGAAUGUUACUAUUAAUGUUGCCCAGGUCUGCCUGGACAUGUUUACUACUUCUGUUACUACUACUAGUGGCAGAACUGUUAUAUGUUGGGCCAAGAGACCCACAGCAGGCCAGCAAGGGCCUCAUUUAUCAAAACUAUCUUACAAGUAGAUUCAAUGUCAAAACAAACACCAAAGUUGUGAUUGGUAAUACGAUAAAUUAAUGUGAAUAUGAACAGAUUUCAGUGAUAUAAACAUGAUAUGAUCUUUUAUGAUAUGGAGCCCUUCAGUAAUACGGAAGAAUACCAUACACAGCAAAAAUUUUGUCAGAUUGCAUUAAGUGUGCAUAAUACUAGGAACACCUUUGUCACACUUGUACUCCAUUUUGCACUAGCCAUGUCUUCGGUGUUUCAAGGCUUAAAAAGGCCUUGCUUUUAAUGCCUCCUUUCUUGCAUAUUAAUAAUUUUGUCAUCACUGAAGCAAAUUUACCAUCUUUAUUUCUGUGUCAUGACCGAAGUUAAUCAAAUAGAUGAUGUUAAUGGAUCACGCAGCAGGUGUAACUUGGACUCAUCUUCUCAGUCAGUUUCAAAGAAACAAGAGAUGUUCCUGACAUUUUGUACACUCUCCAUAUAGACUGUUAUAUAGAGACUGUUAGUACACUGAAACCCGUUAUGUAAACCUAUGUCAGUCUUUGUAAAUGUGGGCCAUCUAUCAGAUAUUUUGAUAUCUAUCAGCAGAUGAAUAUUGUCUUUUACACUGACUGUCUGUCGCUCAACUAUGCCAAAGUAUUUCUGAUGAAACUCAUCACCUGUCAUGUCUGUUAAAGUAUAGAGGGCUCACUCAUGUCUAAAAUAUCAGUUUAAUGUAAAAGAACGCACUGUAUGUUAAAUUCUCACAAUCUCAAGUGAACUCUUUUUUAAAAUGAUCUGAAACAAAAACAU